AUCUUGCUUUGGUGUAUAUGUGGUGUUCACUUCACACAGGUAGAAGCCCAUUGGUCGUAACGGCUCAACCGAUGCUGUCGGUAGAGAUACUAACAUCCGAAGCAGAUCGUAAGGAGGACGGUCAAGUUCACAUGCAGUGUACCGCCACUAACUUUGAUUUUCAGAUAUAUACCUUGGGAUGGGAGAAGGCAAUAUUACUUUGAGACGCAAUGAAGAAACCAUCACAUCCGACUCAAGGUUUAACUUCUCUACCAUGCAUGAAUUGAAUAUAACUACCGAAUUACUGGGUAUAUAAGAUUUAUAUCGGAAUGACUCUGGUAUGUAUACGUGCAAUGUCGUCCUCAAAGAGACAAAUAGAAGCGGCAUUGUAUCCUCGGUGCAGACUUGUUUCCAAAUAAGACGUAAGGACACUCCUCGGCAGAAUUUGUUGCAUUGUGUCUUCCUUCCUAUACACGGUUGUGUGUUUACAAAUACGGACGCGCGCCAACCACAUCAUCAACAUCAACAACUGAGGAUGAAGCCACCAUCACCAAGUCACCGAGAUGUCAAGGAUAACCGAAAAUGCCGGUUCCGCACAAUCUUCCAACUGAUGGCAUUCACCGUGGUUUUUGCUUCCUUGGUAUCAUACAUGCAGAAUGCUGGUGGGUCUCCCAACAUUGCUGUAGACGAGAAGAAAUCGCUUUUUCGCCCUCGUCAUAAGGAAGUACCGGUCCAGCCCAUAAAGAAACCCUACGAACCCAAGUUAAGUUACGAAAACGACAUCUGCUUUCGUAAAACUUCCAACCUUAGCAAGACACCAUGGGAUAAGUGCAAGAUGAGCUUUGUUCCCCCAAAUGUAACGUUAGUGUCACCGCCAUUGGAUAAUAUAACAAUUGGAGAUGAUGUCCAUUAUCGAAUUGAAUCGAAUAAACUGGAAAUCCCAAGAGACGGCUGUGUUUCUGGCGGUAACUUUUGGUUUGCUGUAUUGACGUCCGUGAAGAAUCCGAAGGCAAGUUGCGCAGGGUCUGUAACUGAUUAUUGCAAUGGUACAUACGACGUGCAUGUAACCGCAGCUUGGGCGGGAAAUGCCACAUUUGAAUUAACUCUCGUCCACACGGGCGAGGCUAUUAACCAUUUGAGAAAUAUAGUUUGGCCAGCCCAGGACAGGCUAGCUUUCUCCGGAUACUACAAGGCAAACAACCAGACCGACGUAAGCAAAAUGCCGCAGGGGUUCUGCUACGUGAGACGUCGAGGCAACUGGUCGGGGUAUUGUGAGUAUCCAAACAAAAAGGCGAUGGGUAUGACGACUACAAUAUGCGAGAAGGUCGAUGGUGUACCGUGUGAUACUCUAAAUUCCAUGAAAAGCCACUCGUCAAAGAUUACACAUAGCGCCAUGACACUGACCGAAAACGUCCACUAUCUUUUCACCAGCCCAAACUUCAGGAACCCGGUGAAUAUACCUGACUCAAAAAUUACCAUCAAAGGCGGGAACGAAUCACUCUCAGAUCCACUUCCACGUUGUCACCCCGACCAACCUAUUCCAUCAUUUCAGGGUUACUGGUAUGGGGACAAUUGGCACUCUAGAAUAUGCGCCGUAGAUGACAAGUGGAUUGAAGCGCCCAAUGUCAGGAAAUGUGUCAGCAACAGGAACGUAGUUCUACUCGGGGACUCCACAACUCGGGCGUGGUUCCAUAUAAUUCACUCAAUGCUCGGUGUUAGAGGACAGCGUCAGGCUGACGACGUUUCUUGCUGCUACUUUAACAGGGUUUACAAACCACUGAAUGCUACAAUGGUUUAUAGUAUACACCCUCAUGUUCUAGCGAGCUACGGCGUCUAUCUGAAAGACGUCCGAUUCGAAGUAGACGUGCUGGACGGUCUCAGAGACCCAACAUGCAACUACAUCGUUGUGGUCAGUCCUUGGGCACAUUUCUCACAGUGGACCCGUGAGAGCUACAUUGAGAGAACGACACUUUUAAGAGAAGCCAUAAUUCGUCUACGACGUCGGUGUCCAGACGUUCCCAUUGUUGUUAAGGGGCCCCAUCCCCGUGAGCAUAGCACCUACGUGUCUGUUAUCUUUGCAAAUGAUUAUCUGUUACGGCAGAUAGGACUAAUUAAUCAGGAACUAUUCGGUGGCAUCGGGGUGUGGUUCUUGCCGGUGUGGGAUAUGAAUAUGGCACACCCCCACGACAAUGUAGUUCACAUGCCACAAUCUAUUGUACGUGAAGAAAUCAAAAUGUUUUUCAGCUUUGUUUGUGCAUAACGCCAACCACCAAUUCUAUACCAAUAACCGGGCGUCAAUUUCGCGAAGAACUUUUUUUGACUGUAGGACUAGUCCUAUAUUUUUAAGGCUAGUCUUAAGUUAGUACGAGUAAAUAAGACUAGUCUUAACUCUUUGUGAAAUCUAUACCCUUGUUCAUUAAAAUUAUAUAUUGUGUAUGCUUUCUAUUAGAUUGCAUACUAUAUUAUUUCUAGGAACACCGCCAAUAUAGGGCUAGAUAGCUCAGUUGGUAGAGCGCCGGCACGUUAAUCCGGAGGUCGUUGGUUCGAAUACCACUCUAGUCAAUUCUUUGUUCAACCCCCAAAAUCAUUAUAUUAUGUCUUGUAAUGAAUCUGUGGCCCCCCCCCCCCCCGAAAAAAAGGUGCCUAUAUGCGACCCGUAUUAGGCCAACGAUGUCAAUUUUAGACUUGUGAGGUAAAACCCUAAAAGGGAAAACCUUUUAGCCCAUCUUGUGUGGCUGGCUCUCUUUUAAUGUUAAAAGAGAGUUAUAACAGCCAAACGGCGGGCAAGGAAAACAUACGCAUUAAGAAGGACUGACAAUAUUUCUUUUCUAAUGUUGUUAAUUUUGAACUUUUGAUGUUAACGAUCAACUCAUUUGUUCACUGAUUAUUACAAGCUUAACCUGAUGGUGACAAUUAUUAUAUAUUUUUGAUUUUCACUUAUUGAUGUGAGCUUUGUUUAAUUGUUUUAGUUAUUAAAACUUCGCCUUUUGGGCCACCAAGCAUGUACUUAAUUGCUUGAGGUAUGAAUAUAUACCUUUUGUUAACCCUGGUUUUAAAUUAAGGUGAGGGUUCACAGCCUGGUAUGGCUUCCCACCAAGAAGAGGGGAAAACUUUGAUUUCAAGCCUAUAGCUCAAUUGUGUUAUACUCGGUUUGAUAGGGCGGUCUUCUGCUGAUCUCCAGCUUGUUUUCCGGCUAUCAAUAUUCUUUUCGUUGUAAACUAAACUGAUGGGAGACAACCAUGCAAUAAUUUUUUUAAGAAAUGGUUUUGAUAUUGGAAGUGAAAUAACUCUCGAUAUGUAUGCAUGUCUUCAGAAGAUUGCUGGACCACUACUAAUGCAACAUUUGGCGGAAAAUCUCAAAGUGGUGAUUUUGUUAAAUUGCGGCGAAUUCAAAAAGCCUAGGGCCUUUACUACAUUCUCUGAAAUGAAGAGAAUGAUUGAGUUUUCUGCUUUUACAGCUGUGUAGUGUGUGAAAGAAAGUGUGUGCACUCUGUUGUUUUUUCAUGGUUAAAUAAAUGGUUCGACGUGAUGAAGUUAGAACUAUAUAUGGAUUUAAUUAUAACUAAAUAUAGACACUUUGUGUCACCCUGUCGGUGUCCUUAAAUUUAGAACAAGAUGAAAUCAUUCGCAUCAAUAACACUCAAUUAGAAAAUGUGCAAUACGUUAAAGUAUUGGGUGUGAUUGAUCAAGUCAAUUGAAAGUGGAAUAGACAUGUCAAUGAGAUAAAUCAACAAAUGUUACAAAAGUUGUAUAUAUGUUCACACUUAAAUAAAUAACUAUCCGUAAUUAUUUUCGAACUCCGAAAUUUCUUAAUUUCGCUGCUAUUUUCACGGACUUUCCGUAAAUGCAAAUAUAAAUUAUGCUAAUUAGUGUAGUUACAAUCAACCACAUUUGCCGAAACACCUACAUAAUAAAGUACAAGUAAGUAGACCUACAUACUAUAUUUGAGCCACAACCGUGUAAACACAUGCAAACUUUAUACUUUAAGGAAUGAAACAACCUUUCUGGUAGUUUUGCUGUCAGUCAAUAAAAUAAAUUCCGUAUUCCUGCAGGAAUAUUUCACUUUACGGAGUCCGUAAACUUACGUUUGCGUUGAUUACGUUUUCAUAGUCGUCUACCUGUACGAAUGAUCUUUUGACAACACAUCAGGGUUAUUUUAGACCCUUUUUUUUUUAGACUAUCGUGUUACUUUGUUCAAUGGUAAUCUUACUAUUUGCAUGUGACCAAUAAUGGAACGUGUUCAAAACAGGGUGUGUCGUAUAGUUUUUGGUAAGAACUAUUCUAGUUAGUAAGCAGAUGCGUUAAUUGUGUGUGCAAACUUGAAACCCUUGAACAUCGUAGAGACAAACUGUGUGGCGAUUUUGCUCUGUCAAUUGAAUCGCAUCACAUAAGUAGAGUUGGCUACCUUCCCAAAUAAGGAGGAACACGUUGCCUUGGAUCGGACGAGUUAGUAUAAUAAAAGCGUUUAUAGCCGCUUUUUAUGAAAUGCAUAUG